AUGCGGCUCACGGCCGACGUGAUCCUGCGCGCACAGGUGUCGAUCAACCCGCUGCGUGAGCGCGAGCUGAACCUCCGAGGUUACAAGGCCCCCGCGAUCGAGAACUUGGGCAUCACUCAGGACGGCUUUGACUGCAUUGACUUGUCGGACAAUGAGAUCAAGAAGCUCGAGAACUUUCCGCGUCUGCGUCGGCUUCGCAUGCUGCUGCUUCAUAACAACCACGUGGUCAAGAUCCAGGCGAAUCUGUCCGACGCGAUAGCCAACAUGGAGUUCCUCAUGCUGACCGGGAACCGCAUUGCGCGCUUGUCGGAGGUGGACCAUCUGGCUUGCUUUACAAAGCUCGACACGCUUUCGCUCAGCGGGAACCCCGUGACGAAACGCAAGUACUACCGCGAGUACGUCAUUUACACGCUACCGCAGCUGCACGUCCUCGACUUUCAGCGGAUUCGCCCACGUGAUCGAGAAGCGGCUAGUGCGUUUUUCAACUCGGUGGUCGGACAGAGAGUUAUUCGGGAGGCUCAUGGUGAGAUUGUUGCAGCUCCGACGCAAUCGAUGGAGGACGUGACGAUCACAGAGCAGCAGCACGUGGCCGUUGCAGCAAGCGUAGCGCCUCCACCCGAACCGCGUGCUUCUGGCGUGCUUAAGGAGGAGAAAGCAGUCAAAGCGCCUCCUCCCGAACCGCGUGCUUCUGGCGUGCUUAAGGAGGAGAAAGCAGUCAAAGCGCCUCCUCCCGAACCGCGUGCUUCUGGCGUGCUUAAGGAGAAGGAAGCAGCCGUAGCGCCUCCUACCGAACCUCGUGCUUCUGAUGUCGAAAUGGAGGAGGAAGCAGCCGUAGCGCCUCCUACCGAACCUCGUGCAUCUGAUGUCGAAAUGGAGGAGGAAGCAGUUGUUGCGCCUCCUACCGAACCGCAUGCAUCUGAUGUGUCGGAGAAGGAGGAAGCAGCCAAGGUAUCGCCAAAGGAAACUGCAAAGUCGGAACCAAUGGAUGAAGAGGUACCAGAAGCCAAGCACGAGAUGCCGCCUGCAGAUGUAGAAAUGGAGGAGGCGGCGGUGGAGGAGAUUACCGUAGCAUACACGCCGUUCAAGCCGAUAUCGCAGAUGACUGUGACUAUCUUGCGCGAGGAGCUGAAGAAGCUAGGUUUGUCUAUCAAGGGCUUGAAAGCAGAGUUGGUGAAGCGCUUGAAGGAGGCUGCCGGCGAAGCAUAA